UCGAGAUCUAGUGAUUAAUUAAAAAAAUACUCAAUGUUCAAAAUUUUGUAUGCUUCUAAUCAGAUUGGACUGAAGGUUUAGAUUUAUUUACGAAUAAUCUAUAGUUUCUAUUAUAUUGUAACUGAUAUAAGAUAAAUAUAUGAUAUUACAUACAUAAUUAAAGGAUGUGUUAGUACCGGUCUUAGUAAUUAAUCAUAUACAUUUAUUGAUAAAAAAUAAAUGAUAUUUUCAAAACAAAAGAACAAAAUGUUUUUUUUCAGUAUUUCAAAUUUUGUGCUAUGUUGUUUUCCAGCAUUUCAAAUUUCACGCGCUAUUAAUAUAAUCUUUGAAAUUAAUUAAUAAGUGAUUUACUUUUACUAAAUGAUUUUAUUAUUGAUAUAAUUGAACUAUAAAUAAUUAAUUGUAUGAUGUCACAUCUGUAUUAAGAUUUUUUUUUAUAUUUUAAAUUUUUUAUAAAAUAAAAUAAUAAUCAAUCUAGAUUAAUAGAAUAUUUAUAUCGAUUAGGAAAGGGUCUAAAGACUCUAAACUACACCAUUAUUAAUUUGGCUGCCUACAUUAACUGUUUGAGAAAAGAAUCCACCACUUAUCUUUUUGUAUUCUUUUCCCUUUCUCUUUCUCUUUGUUUUAUUUAGAUUUUCUCCUUUUUCAAUUUAUAUCUCUGUAAACUGAGGAACCUUCAAAAUAAAUUUACUGUAAAAACAAAACAUGUUCAGUAUUCUUUUGAUCGGCUUGAUACUACGAUUUUUAAUCAGUCUCUAAGAAGAUUUAUCCUUUUUAUAAUCUUAAUUUUUUUUCAAUAUAUAUUUGGUUUCAUUUGUUUCUGUCUAUGAAAGUCAAUUUAUGUUGAUUCUUUGUUAAUAUGCUGGUUGCGGUGUUAUGCGUUUUUGUGUCCUUAAUUUCAAUUGGUAGGUCCUUUCAUUACAAAUACCGUCAUCCUGAAUUUCUUAUAUUACUCUUUUAUUUAUAAGAUCUUUAAGAAGAAGAAAAAGGAGAGAAAGAAAAGUAGUUGACUUGGAGAAGCUAACUUUUUCUUGUAACGAAUUCAGUGUAUGUGGGCAAGAGUUUGUCUAGAUACUAAGGGAAACGAAAUAAACUUUUCUAGUAAACCCUAAUUUCUGGAUAUUAUGAGUUAAAAUUAUCAUUUAUCUUAUUUGAGUUUAAUCUCUAGUACUGAUAGUUUUUGAAACUCUAAAGAUCUUCCAGAUUAUCCAAAGAAAAAAUAGCAAAAAUGUCUCAGCCCAACAUGGUACCAGUGGAGAUGAACAACAAUAUUGGAGACGGUGAUAACAACAACAACAACAACAACAACAACAACGGAAACAACACCACCACCACCAACAAUGACAUUAAUGGUGGUAUUGUUUUGGGGGAUGAGGAAAUAGACAGUGCUAAUACAAGUGAGAAUCAAGAAGAUGGAAGCGAUCAUCAAGAUCCAGCACGUCCUAGUAAGAGAAAACGUUAUCAUCGUCACACCAAACAUCAAAUCCAGGAAAUGGAAAAUUUCUUCAAAGAGUGUCCUCAUCCAGAUGACACGCAAAGGAAAGAGCUUAGCCGUCAGCUGGGAUUAGACCAUCAUCAGAUCAAAUUCUGGUUCCAGAACAAACGCACCCAAAUAAAGAAUCAUCAAGAACGCCAUGAGAACUCACAACUUCGGGCAGAGAACGAUAGGCUUAGAGCCGAAAACCACCAAUGUCGAGCAUCUAUUGCUAAGGCCAUAUGUCAUAGGUGUGGAGGUAAAACCGCAAUUGGUGAAAUGUCUUUCGAGGAACAUCAUCUUCUCCUCGAAAAUACUAAGUUAGCUGAAGAGAUCCGUCAAUUAUCUUUGGUGAUGCCCAAGUGUACAGGCAAGCCUGUAAUGAACUAUACCCUUACUCCUCCUGUUCCAGCUCGACCUUCGGAAGAGAUAGCAUCUAAUAGAAGAGAAGUCUAUGGAAGUAUCGGAAACCUCCCGGGGUCAGCACUUAGAGUGAAAGAUGUCGAUAAGCCGUUGAUCAUAGAGUUAGCAGAGUUAGCCAUGAAGGAGCUAAUGGCGAUGGCUCGACUGGAUGAACCGCUGUGGGACAUAGGAGCUAAUGGCACGAGCUUAGCUUUAAACUUGAAUGAACACACAAGAAUAUUUCGGAACGGACUCGGGCCUAUACUGAAUGGGCUUAGAACCGAGGCAUCCAAGGCAACCUCAAUCGCGUUCAUGAACCAUCUAGACAUUGUUCAAAGUUUAAUGGAUGUGAAUCUUUGGUCGAACAUGUUUGCUAGAAUGGUUGCUAGAGCCAUGAGUCAUGACGCUAUCUUGACUGGAGUCCAAGGAAACUUUGACGGAGCGUUCCAUCUGAUGACUGCUGAAUACCAAGUUCUUUCGCCAGUAGUCUCAACCCGAGAAUGCUACUUCGUCCGCUACUGUAAGCAGCAAGGUGACGGUAUAUGGGCGGUGGUCGAUGUUUCUAUCGACCAUCUCUUUCCAAACCUUGAACUUAAAUGUCGGAGACGGCCCUCUGGAUGUUUGAUUCAGCAAAUUGAAAAUGGAUUCUGCAAGGUUACUUGGGUUGAGCAUGUGGAGGUAGAUGACAGAGAAGUACACCCCUUGUAUAAGUCCUUAAUCAGCUCUGGUCAAGCUUUAAGUGCUGAACGUUGGGUUGAAACAUUGGAGCGCCAGUGCGAGCGUUUAGCCUACAUCAUGUCUCCAAAUGUUCCAUCCAUAGAACCGGAUGGUCUAAUAAUGAUAACGAACAAUGCAAAGCAGAGCCUUCUGAAGAUAGCUGAGAGGAUGACAAGAAGCUUCCUCUCUGGAGUGGCUACUUCAAAUGGAGAUAUAUGGUUUAGAUUGUCUGGUAAUGGAGGAAAUACUGUCAGAGCGAUGACUCGAAAGAGCUUGAAUGAUCCAGGAAGGCCUGUAGGGGUCAUUCUCUAUGCAUCUACUUCGUUUUGGCUACUGGUUCCUCCUAAGACUGUCUUUGACUUCCUUAGAGAUGCCAAGAAUCGAACCAAUUGGGAUGUUAUCACAACUGGAGGGGAAGAUUUGCAGUUGAUGUCACAGAUUGGAAAUGGGAGAGACAGUAGGAACUGUGUAUCUUUACUCCGGACCCCAAACACUAGCCAGAAAAAGAUGAUGAUGAUCCAAGAGACCUCUACUGACCCAACCGCUUCAUUUGUGAUCUAUGCACCUCUUGAUGUAACAUUGACAGAGAAUGUUCUCAUGGGAGGUGACCCUGGCAAUGUGUCACUACUUCCAAUGGGUUUUGCUAUUCUUCCUGAUGGUACGGCUCAGCCUGGAAGAGAAGGAGGGUCACUCGUGAGUGCUGCCUUUCAGGUUCUGGCUGAAAAAGAUCCGUCGGCUAGGCUGUCUUUUAGCUCUCUUGCAACCACUGAAAAUCUGAUUUUAAAAACCGCGCAUAAGAUCAGAGCUUACUUUAGUCAGCAGACAGUUUGAAAGGUACAUCACUGAACUCAUUUCAGUAAAGAAACUUAAAACCAUUGAUGCCUGCAACGUGACUUUUUUAUUUCUUUAAAGGGGAUGCAGAGGAGUCAAUCAGUGGGAAGAGUCAAGAAGAACCUGAGAAGAAGCCAUGCUGGGUUUUUCUGUUGAAUUUUACUUCCUUGUGAACUUUUGCUAAGACCAUUGUUAUUUGUGUUUUUGUUUCAUUGUUAUUGUUGGAACCUUAUCAACUCAUUUUCUCUAUUUGUGUUUCAAAUAUGUUUUUUUGAACUUUCUCUGAUGGCUUUUGAUCUUUUUUUUUGUGGUCUUGAUGAUUUUGUUUAUGUGUUUUUGUUUCGCUGAUGUUUUU